UAGCUCCAGCGCGUGCUGUCUGUCUGGAGUUCAGUUCCGCGCGGUCAGUGUGUGUCUGAGUGUUUGAGUGAGGGUGUCAGCUUGUUGUCAGCAUUAGAGGACAGGUUACCGGGGGCGGUGUUGGUUCAGGUGUGGAGGAAAUGGUCCCUGCAGGAUGGACAGGAACACGGAUCCCGGCUGGAUGGACCAGAGCACGGGUCCCGGCUGGCUCCCGGUCUGCGCGCUGCUCGCCCUGUUUGUGUGUGAGGUCACUGAAGGUGGACUCUUGAAUAUUGUGCAGAGACCAGCUCCUCUCUCCUGUGCACAUGGCUUCACAGAGCUGGGCUACUAUAACGGCUCAGUCUCCCUCACGGAGUCUGGCUCCCCCUGCCUGAAAUGGACAGACUUCCCAGACUACAUGCGGCAGUACCCGGGCAGAGGCCUGGGCCCUCACAGCUUCUGCCGGAGCCCGGACCGAGAGGAGCAGCCCUGGUGCUUCAUCAGGCAGAGCUCCGGAGCCAUCGGCUGGGCCCACUGUGACUGCCACCAGGGUGCAGCAAGAUUGGUGGGAGGGUCGUCAAGCACCAGCGGACGUGUGGAGGUCUAUCUGAAUGGCCAGUGGGGGGCAGCAUGUGACUCGCACUGGAACGACCGGGAUGCCAGCGUCAUAUGCAGGCAGCUAGGACUGGGUGAGAUCGGCACAGCGCUGCAGCACUCAUACUUCGGCCCGGGGACCGUCUUCCACUAUGAGCGUCUGGGUUGCCGUGGUAAUGAGAAUUCCCUAAUGGAGUGCCGGAGCAGGAAGUUUGUCACCAGCGACUGCAACCAUGGUAACGAAGCAGGGGUGAUUUGUGCUGAACCUGAAGGCACUGGCCUCCCUUUGAGGCUGGUGGGGGGCCUGGAGGACUUUGAGGGCCGUGUGGAGGUGUACAGGGACGGCAGGUGGGGAACCAUCUGCGAUGACCGCUGGGAUGACAUUGAUGCUGAGGUGGUGUGCCGCCAGCUGGGCCUGGGGGGCGUGGCCAAGGCGUGGACAUGGGCCCACUUCGGCCAGGGGGCAGGUCCCAUCUUCCUGGAUGGGGUUGAGUGUUCAGGCAAUGAGCUCUCCCUGGAGGAGUGUCCUCAUAACAUGUGGGAGAGACACAACUGUGACCACAUGGAGGAUGCAGGGGUCUCCUGCAACCCUCACACAGACGGUGCGGUGCGCCUGGUGGGGGCAGACAGUCCCUGGGAGGGCCGGGUGGAGAUCUACCAUCAGGGGGAAUGGGGCACAGUGUGUGAUGACAGCUGGACUGAAGUCAACGCCCGGGUGGUGUGCAGGCAGCUGGGCUUCAGGGGCCGAGCAGAGGUGGCCCCUGACCAAGUGUCUGAAGAGGGUCGGGGGCUGAUCCUGCUGGACGAGGUGCAGUGCCAGGGACCAGAGGCCACUCUACUGGCCUGCACCCACUCUGAAUGGGGCCAACACGACUGCUCCCACAGGGAGGAUGUGGGUGUCCGCUGUGAGAGGGGGGGUGGAACCAAUGAGAUACCAGGCCUUACUAUUGGCCCUCUGCUGCGAUUGGUAGCUGGAGAGAGCAGGAAGGAGGGCAGAGUGGAGGUCUUCAUCAACGGCCAGUGGGGGAGCGUCUGCGAUGACGGCUGGAAUGAUGUCCAUGCAGCUGUGGUUUGCAGACAGCUUGGAUUCACCGGUGUGGCUAAAGCUCGCUCCAUGGCGUACUUUGGAGAAGGUCAGGGUCCCAUCCACCUGGACAACGUGCGCUGCUCGGGCACAGAGACGUCUUUAGGCCAGUGUGCGGCUGCGGGACAGGACGGCCAUGACUGCCGCCACAGUGAGGACGCCGGGGUCAUCUGCGACUACACCCUGGACCCUCUGGGGGCCGGGGCCCUGCAGACCUGUGGCCUGAGGCUCAACAACCAGAGGAGGCGCCGCAGGAUCAUAGGGGGGGAUAAGUCCCUGAGGGGGGAGUGGCCCUGGCAGGUGUCAGUGUGGCUGCGCUCUCAGUCCAGAGGGGGCCACCCUCUGUGCGGGGCCUCUCUGAUCGGGCACUGCUGGGUGCUGACGGCCGCUCACUGCUUCAAGAGAUUUGGCAGUGACCCGACCCGCUACGUGGUGCGCCUUGGUGACUACCAUACCGAGGAGCAGGAUGACUUUGAACGCACCUUGUCACCUGAACGCAUCGUUAUCCACAGGAAGUACCACAGUCAGGGCUGGGAGCACGACAUCGCCCUGCUGCGGCUCAAAGGCACAGAGGGCAGCUGUGUGGCGUUCAACCCUCACACUGCAGCCGUGUGUCUGCCGCAGGCGGGCAGACGACGGGAGAAGAGGCCUACCGCCUGCGUGAUCACCGGCUGGGGCCUCACAGACUCGGAGUACUCCCGCACCCUGCUGCAGGCCUGGGUCCCCCUGCUGCCUGCCUGGAGGUGCAAGAAGACGUACGGGGAACGCUUCACCAGCCGCAUGCUGUGUGCAGGGAGCCUGUCGGAGCACCACCGGGUGGACAGUUGCCAGGGUGACAGUGGGGGUCCGCUGGUUUGCCAGGGGGAGGGGGGUCGCUGGGUUCUCACAGGAGUUAUCUCCUGGGGUCAUGGCUGUGGUAACCCUUCCUUCCCGGGGGUGUACACACGUGUUAGCAGGUUUCUGCGAUGGAUUGACAAAGUCAUAAACAAACCCUACAACACCUGAUGGCAGGGGCGGACUGGCCAUUGGGAAUACCGGGAGUUUUCCCGGUGGGCCGGUGCUGUGCGUGGGCCGGAGGGCCAAAAAAACAAAACAAAAAUCCUACCGGCC